AUGCAGGGGUUCUACCUUCAAGACAAUCCUCUUUCGGGUCGGACUGGGGGAGCGACGCUUCCGCUGUCGCUCGCGCCAUCAUGGCGGCGUCCAGAGAGGCGGCGGCCCUUCGGGAAGCGGCUCCUCACCGACCCCGCUCGUCACUUCCAGUACAACGCCUGGGAUCAUGUGGAAUGGUCAGAAGAGCAGGAAGCCAAUGCCAGGAGUAAAGUUCAAGAGAACAGGUCCCAGCUCUUGCCCCAAGAUAAACAAGAGGAGUAUGAGGUGAAUGCUAAAAGGUACUGGGAUGACUUCUAUCAAAUCCAUGAGAAUGGCUUCUUCAAGGACAGACACUGGCUGUUCACUGAAUUUCCUGGGCUGGCACCUCAAAGGAACACAAGUCAGAAGAAGGAUUCUGUGCAUGAAUUUAAUAGCAAGGAAGAAUCCAGCAUUGAAGGACUGAGAAGCUGUGAAAAUGGACAUUGUUCAUUGGAAACCAAGGCAGAGGAUCAGUUCAACCUGAUGAAAAGCACACCUGAGAGUUGCAGGGAAGAGUUGGCUCUACAGAAGUGCAAUGAGUUGAAGGGAAAUGAUGGGGAUUACCCAGGAUCAUCUGCAUCUUACUGUGUUUUAGAGAACAAUGCAGAGUAUGAUUCUUCUCGCUGCUUUGCAUUCAUCCAUGACCUGUGCAAUGACCAAAGUCCUUUCCCAAUGCCAGAUGAGAGCCUUGAUGUUGUUAUUCUCAUCUUUGUCCUCUUAGCAAUUCACCCAGAGAAAACCCAGUGGAGACAUUUUUAUUAUAAGAGAGAGAGAGCAGUUAAUCCCUGCUGUGGCAAACAGCAGAACCAGGUCAAUGUCUCUCAGCUAACUUCUAUGUGAGAGGUGAUGGCACCAGAGUCUACUUCUUCACACAAGAUGAAUUAAGUGAUCUCUUCACAACAGCUGGGCUGGAGAAGAUGCAGAACCUGGUUGAUCGACGAUUGCAAGUGAACUGAGGGAAGCAAAUGACCAUGUAUCGAGUGUGGAUCCAGUGCAAAACCAGCUGCCCCUCAGCUCCAAGGAAACAGGGCAACUGUUUAGUUUAGAACCUCUUCGGUGUCUCCUCCUGGUGAGGUGUGUUUUUGAUGGAGUUCAUCUCACACACAGCACCUCAGUGCCUUUCACGUUGCCGUGCAUCAAUUCAAGGGAGCUCUGCUAAGGGCAAAUGCUUUAAGAAGAGACCCAAGCAGUGUUUGAAAUGUGUCUGAUCUGAGUUGGUUUGAAUGAUUUAUAGUUUUAACAACUUCAGAAACUGUGAUGCUGUCAUACAGUUGAGUAUCAAGUCACUCUUUCUCUGGGGUUUUGCGAUGAAACAGAAGGAGAGCUUUGACCUUGCCUCUAUGUUGUUUCUUCUUGUCUUGGGAACAAAAAGCAUUGAAAGAGUAAAUCUGCUAUAUUUAUUAAAAUAGCCUGUAUCAGA